CCGCGCUGUUCUUCUUUCCCAGGGCGCGCAGCUAGGAGGCGGGAGGGGAGCAUCUGGGAGGUGAAGAGGUAGCGAGGUAGAGGGCGCGCGAAUGUGGGAGGCCCCAACCCUGCUGGGCUCAGCGCUAACUCAGACCAUGUGGACCGCUGAUGAGAUUGCGCAGCUGUGUUACGAGCACUACCAGACCAGGCUGCCCAAGCAGGGGAAGCCCGAGCCCAACCGUGAGUGGACGUUGCUAGCAGCCAUGGUGAAGAUACAGCCUGCCAUUGACCAGGCCUGUGGCGGCGCUAACAAACCGGUGCAAGUGACAAAGGAAGUUGUCUCAAUGGGAACGGGGACGAAAUGCAUAGGCCAGUCCAAAAUGAGGAAGAGCGGAGACAUCCUCAAUGAUAGCCAUGCUGAGGUCAUAGCCAGGAGGAGUUUCCAAAGGUACCUUCUGCAUCAGCUCCACUUGGCGGCCGCCCUGAAGGAGAAUAGCAUUUUUGUCCCUGGAACUCAGAGAGGGCUGUGGAAACUCAGACAAGGCAUCUUGUUUGUGUUUUUCUCCAGCCAUACACCCUGUGGGGAUGCCUCCAUCAUUCCAAUGCUUGAGUUUGAAGAUCAGCCCUGCUGUCCCAUCAGUAGACGUUGGGCCAAUAAGCCAUCAGAAGAAGCCAGUGAUAACCCAGAAACUCCUGAAGAUGAAAAGAAAUAUGAAGACCUGGGUAGUCCUGUGACCAAAAAGAUGAGGCUUGAACCUGGGAUUCCCGAUGGUGUGGCUCACUGUCAGAGUUUGGACAAUCAGGAAAGUGGUCCAGUCCCACCAACUGUCAGCAGCUCUAAUGUCCCCACACAGGAACUGGCCACUGUCGCCGGAAGGGCCCCCAGCGGUGCCAAAGUGGUGGACGUUUAUAGAACUGGAGCCAAAUGUGUGCCUGGAGAAGCUGGAGACUCGGGAAAGCCUGGUGCAGCAUAUCACCAGGUGGGCCUGCUCCGGGUGAAGCCAGGCCGGGGAGACAGGACCUGCUCCAUGUCCUGCAGUGACAAGUUGGCACGGUGGAAUGUCCUCGGAUGCCAGGGGGCACUGCUGAUGCACCUUCUAGAAGAGCCUGUCUACCUGUCAGCCGUGGUCAUUGGGAAGUGCCCAUACAGCCAGGAGGCCAUGCGGAGAGCUCUGACUGGGAGGUGUCAGAACGUCUCAGCUUUACCCAAAGGCUUUGGAGUUCAAGAAGUGACAAUACAGCAGUCCGGUUUACUGUUUGAACAGAGCCGUGGCGCAGUGCAGGCAAAAAGGGCUGACAGCCCAGGCCGACUUGUUCCUUGUGGCGCAGAUCCCAAAUCAGCAAAGUGGAACUCUUUAGAUCAUUUCAGAAACUGCUAAGCAGUAUUUCAGAGGACAAGUGGCCAGACUCCCUCAGGUGACUCUGUUGACCCAUUUUUUUUUUUUCAUAUUUAGGACGACUUGUGAUUUAAUUCUGGUUUACAAAUGGCAGGAAGCUUUGGCAAGAGUGGUGGCUCAAUGGGCCAGUGGGCACUUAGUUAUCACCCACAUGUGCCUCUGUCCCCCGGGCUCCGAUUGCAGGUGCAGAUCUGAGGUGUACAGGAGGGGUGGUUUAGUGGUGCAGGGUUACAGAAGACGGGGGGGGAAUUGGGGCUUGGUCUGUUCCAGGCCCCCCCUUCGCCCCCCUCCAGGUGGAAGGCAGGGCAGACAUAUGGGCCUGGCCCUAUUGCUUAGAGGGCAAUAGAGUCUAUUAGGAACAUCACUCUUCUCUUCCUCUGCUGCAGCUUUACAAUUGAAAUUGCUCCCAAACAGGAAUGUAGAGAACUAUAAAACUGUUCCAGGGGCCGGUGGGUGGGUAGUCCAGACACUUAGCUACUCAAGGUCAGUGCCCUCACUUCAUAUGCCAGAUGCAAGCUCCAGGGCCCCCAAGCCCCUCACGCUUGGGACCACUGACUGCAAACUCAGGGGCUCCUGCUACCCCCUUAAGUUCACUAAUUCACUGGAACAACUCAAAUUCAGGAGUGCACUAUACCUACAAUUACUUUUUAUUCUAAAGAAUAUAGAUCAGGACCAGCUAAAAGAAGGGACACACAGGGCACAGUCUGAGAGGGUACCAAACACAAUUCGUCUGUGUCCUCAGGAUGUGUCACCCUUCCAGCACAUCACUGUGUCACCAACCAGAAGGGGACCCAAGUUUCUGCGUCCAGUGUCUUCCCUGUGCUUGUGUUACAUACACCUGAAUGACUCAUUGGCCACAUGAUGUGACUGAACUCAUUCUCCAUCUUCCCCUCCCAUCAGGAGGUCAGACCAACUCCACUCUGUGGUUAGUCUCUCUGGCAGGGCCAGCCCCAUCCAGAUCUCUCUAGGGCCCACCAGGAGUCACCUCGUUAAGUAUAAACUCAGGUGUGAUCAGAGGGGUCCACCAUGAAUAACAAAGACAUUUCUUUUUUUUUUUUUUAAUGUUUAUUUAUUUCUGAGACAGAGAGAGACAGAGCAUGAGUGGGGGAGGGGCAGAGAGAGAGGGAGACACAGCAUCCAAAGCAGGCUCCAGGCUCCGAGCUGUCAGCACAGACCCCGACGCGGGGCUCGAACUCACAAACCGUGAGAUCAUGACCUUAGCCGAAGUCGGUCGCUCAACCAACUGAACCACCCAGGUGCCCCAACAAAGACAUUUCUACCCCUUGGGAAAUCCUGGGGGUUUGAAGUUUCCCUCCCAGGAACCGGCAACAAGACCGGCCAAAUUCUUUAUUGUACAGCAGAGGGGAAGCCAAGGUGUUGCUAGAAAAGGCUAUUUGAAGAGGCUGAACACUUGUUAUGACCGUCAUGCGUACUGGUGUUAGUAGUGAUGCCCUCCAGUCAGUUUGGUCAGGAGUUACUCUGCUUGUUUUUUUGUCUGGAAAAAUGAAUCAAACCGACCAGGAGGUUUCCAUACAUUUUAUGUGUCGGUGAAAACAAAUCUGGACUGAGGUCAGGAGAGACUUUACUCAAAAGGAUCAUUGCAGUAAGAGAGGGGCUGUUAACAGCAGCAGCAGGACUGAUGCCAUAGCAAAGACACUCCAGUCCUAAGGUCUGUAAGACUCCAGGGCAGGCGGGAAGGAGUAGCCCUUUGUGGGGAGCAGUGAACAAGGCCGGAAAGAACAGGGCACGGGGCAUGGAAUGCGCAGUUGGUGUGAUGGGGCGAGUAGACAGGAAACAUCUUUUCUUGAGAUCAGUCAAUUGUCAGGAGGAGCCGUUAAGAAUAGGUCCCUGCAUAUUGUGAUGCUGGCUCAGGCUGAGGGUGGGUCAUAGUUCAGGGUUGGGAGAAGGACAGAAGCAUAACUAAUGUUGGUCAAGGAAGCAAGAAUUUUGUCGAGAUUGGUAUGUGGAUGGAAACAGUUCAGCUAGUCAUUAUGAGACAGAGAAUGGGAGUUUGAGGAUCCGUCAUAGGUAAGCCAAGGGGGGGCGUCCGUGAGUCCUAUCUGGGUCUUACGGGGAACGGGACUGUGCAGUAAGCCAUUUCCCAGAACUCUUUAAACCAAAAAGUAGAUAGUUAUUCUUGUGUUAUCUGAUACCAGGAGGACCAGACAAGACUAGCAUUGUUUAUUCUCACCUGGGUUUUUUUUAAUGAUUAUUUAUUUAUUCUAAGAGAGUUCACACGCAAACGUGGCGGGGGAGGGAGGGCAGAGAGAGAGAAUCCCAAGUAGCGUUCACGUGGUCAGUGCGGUCAGCGUAUAGAGCCCAACAUGGGGCUCGAUCUCACAAACCAUGGGAUCAGGACCUGAGGCAAAAGAGUCGGACGCUUAACUGACUAAGCCACCCAGGUGCCCCCUUUUCUCCCCUGUUUCAAUCCGUGUUGCUUUCUAGUGAAUUUCCUACAUUAGAGAGAGAGUAGCUGGUGGAAAGCAUACCAAAAUCCUCCCAUUCCUAGAUCUUUACCUAGUCUCUGCUUAGACAUCUGUCCAGCUGAUUGCUCAGUUGGCCACCACGUUGACCUGAUCAGUGAGAACCUGUGUGCUUGGUGGUGUGUGUGCAUUAGGGCGCAGGAGCUAGAGACGUACCACGAGUACAAGGAGGCUGCGUCUACUUACCAGGAAGCCUGGAGUGCGCUCCGAAAGCAGGCCUUUGGAUCCUGGAUCAGAAACCCACCGGAUUAUCACCAGUUUAAAUAAGAAGGGCAAACUGCAAAGAGCUUAUUAGUAGCAGAGUGUUUUUCAGCUGCUCACACUGGACGGCUUCUUCCUUUGUGCUGGACAAGCCUUAGCUUUUCUCGUGGCUGAGUCAGGGAAAAAAAAGUCUGCCAUCUACCAGAGUGACAUAUCUCUUCUGGGUAAUAUGGACAGAAUCCUGAAACAUGGAACUAUCCAUACUUGACUGACGUAUCACUCUCUGCUAAAACAUCACCUCGCUGAUGCCCUUGGCAUCUGUCCUAACGUGUGUUAUUGCUUCUCUAAAACAUGGAGUAAGAACUUGGAAUGUGACGCUUGAAAGGUACUCUGCAGCAGCUCCGCUCUGUGUGUUCCCACAUUGAUCUGGCAAGUAUUUCUUGGGCUGAGAUGGUGUCCGGACCUCUGCAAGUUUUAGAGCUUCCCUUGGCAUAGUGGACAUGUGCCGUUUCUUCCCUCGGAGGGUCAUCCUUUCCUGCUCUAUCCAUGGGACUUGGCUGAAGCAAACCUCACUCCCCAGCUCUCGGAUUGUGAGGCAGCGCCAUACAAUCCUGGAUCUACUGCCAGGGCGAGCAGGAAAGAUGCUGUCUCCUCUCGGAUCAGAAGCUCCAAGGACCACAGACUCGUGGGACUGUCUGUGGCUGCCUUUGCCUCCACACAGAGGCAGCCAGCUUGAGAAUGAAGGCAAGAAAACAGGAAACAGCCAAAAGCAUCGGCUCCCGUGACCUUGUUUGGAUGCCUGAAGCCAGUGCCCAGCCUGGACUUCAAAUAUGUGAGAUAAAUUCAUACGACUGUUUGGGUUAAGCCUAUCUGAGUAGGUUGUCUGUGGCUUUCAAAUGAAAGAGUUCUGUCUAACAGGCCAAAAGUCCGUAUAGCAAGUCAGCAGCAGACCUAGCUACCCAUCCUCUUUUAACCACCAUCUAAUAUUUAACUCUCAACCUCUCUGCUCCUUAAAUUAUUGAUGGAAAGGGAAGUUCUCCGUGUCAGGAUUAUCCAAAGCUCUUCUCAAAGUCCUUUAGUAUCUUGGUAUAGCUUUUUUUUCUUUUAAGAUUUUAUUCGUAAGUAGUCUCUACACCCAGUAUGGGGCUUGAACUCAUGACCCCAAGAUCAAGAGUCACACACUCCACCGACUGAGCCAGCCAGGCGCCCUGUCAUUCUUGUAUGGCUUUAAAUGUUUUUUAAUAACAGCUUUAUUGGGAUAUAAUUUACAUUCCAUAAAAUUUACCCAUUGAAAGUAUACAAUUUAGUGGCUUUUAGUAUAUCCACAGAGUUGUACAACCAUCACCAUAAUUGUAGAACAUUUUUGUUCUGUGUUAGAGGUGGGGGACCCUCAUUGACCCAGUAUGGUUCCCAUUAGCCAGGCACUCCCCAUUUUCAGUCAGCCCCACCCUCACCCCAGUCCUAGGGCUUCUCAGGUGAUUCUGCGUACUUCUGUUGCACCAUAUCAAGAGGAACAGGACAUCUGGUUGUCCUACUUUCAGCGAGUUCGCAGUGGGCUCAGUGAGCUCAGCUUAUCUAUCCCGGUAGGAAGUUCCCAGUCACCCUUUCACCUCAUGGUUUUAGCAGCAGUGCAAGGGAUCCCCUAGACCACCCUCAGGUUUGAUGGUUCACUGGACACUCAUGGAAUGCAGCAAAGCUAUUGUAGUUAUUUAUUUCAGCGAAAGGAUACAGAUUUUUUUAAUCUUUUUUUUUAAAUAUUUUUUGGGGGGGAGAGGGCAAGUGGGGGAGGGGCAGACAGAAGGGGACAGAGGAUCUGAAGGAGGCCCCGUGUUGACAGGCUGACAGCACCAAGCCUAUGUGGGGCUUGAACUCAUGAACCACGAGAUCAUGGCCUUAGCCGAAGUCAAGAUUCUCAAUGGACUGAGCCACCCAAGUGCCCUGAACGUUUUUGAGAGAGCAGAGCACGUGGCGCACGCAAGCGGGGGAGGGGCAGAGAGAGAGGGAGACAGAGAAUCCGGAACAGGCUCUGUCCCGACAGCCUCAAACUGUGGGCUCAAACUCACAAACUGCAAGAUCAUGAGCUGAGCCACCCAGGUGCCCCUGAAAGGACACAGAUUAACAUCGGCAGAGAGAAAAGGCACACGGGCACAGUCCAGGUGCAAGACUCUAUCCUCCCUGUAUCAACCAUGUGCUUCUGAUGCUUUGACAUCCAGCACCUUGCUCACCCUGGAGAGACUGCCCACGGAGGCUAGCCAACUCCCAGAGAUAGUAAAAGAUUGAAACUGAGCCCUCCAGGGGCACCUAGGUGGCACAGUUGGUUAAGUGUUUGGCUUCAGCUUCAGCUCAGGUCAUGAUCUCACAACUUGUCUGUUCAAGCCCCACGUCAGGCUCUGUGCUGGCAGCUCAGAGCCUGGAGCCUGCUUCGGAUUCUGUCUCCAUCUUUCUCUCUGCCUCUCCCCUGCUUGCACACUGCCUCUCUCUCUGUCUCAAAUAUAAAUAAACAUUAAAAAAAGAAAAGAAAAGAAAGUAAGCCCUCCAGAGUUCAUACCCAGCCACGUGCUUUAUGGGGCUCUCCCACUCUGGGCCACACUCCACCUGCCCUGAUCGCUCCAGGUCCAGGUACCAGAAAACCAGGGACAGCCCUUGUGCCUCAGAGACCACUGAAAUGAGUCCAACUAGCCAGUCCCAAGUCCGCUUACCCUGCCCCAGCCCUUCCUCCCCUUUACAAUAACGGCUGUUGCACACAUGUCCUCGCUCCUUCUGCCUCCUGACCCACCCUGGUGCUUCUCCGUGUGACUCCUUGUGGCCUGGCAUGUCCUCUCCUCCUGCAUUUAAAAACUGUCUCCCGUGGAGUUGCACACACAGCACUGAAUUCCCCCAGAAAUGAUGUGUGACAGUAUGGGCCAAGCGUUGCCAGCCUUGGGUGCUGCUAACAUGCUGCAGUGCACAGGACAAACCCCGUAACAAAGGAGUAUUUGGCCCACAGUAUCAGUAGUGCUGAGGCUGAGAAACCCUGAUCUAGAGAUUGUGUUUUCAGGUUUCAUGAAACGCCUCCUUUUGUGGUUACUGCUCCAAAUCUGUACACAGUUAACUUUGUUUCACUUUUCUUUUCUUUCUUUCUUUCUUUCUUUCUUUCUUUUUUUUUUUUGGCGGCAGGGGACAGGGGUGGGAGGUGGCUUUUUAAAAAACUAUGUUAAGGGGCACCUGGGUGGCUCGGUGGGUUAAGCGUCUGACUUCGGCUCAGGUCGCGAUCUCAUGGUCAGCACGGAGCCCAGUUCAGAUCCUCUGUCCCGCUCUCCCUGCCCCUCCCCUGCUCUCUCUCUCUCUCUCAAAAAUAAACAUUUGUAAAAAACAGAAAACCGUUUCUGUAUUUUAAACUAUCGAAACAGCAGAAAGUCCUCAGAAGUGGCAUUGUACAGGAAGAGGGACUCCCCCAACAGAUUUUAGGCAGCUGCGCUUGUAAUUCCAGAGGGUAGUCUAACAAAACGUCUUCUGAAAUUUGGCUCUUGAGGGAAGUUUACACUCCAGCAUCAUUCCUUUGUUCUUGUUCACAAGUGGAUUCUAAUGUGUCUAUGUUUGCAUAAUUUUUAACUAUUUUUUCUUCAGACUUUUAAAAAUGUGGCUUGAUUUGGGGCGCCUGGGUGGCGCAGUCGGUUAAGCGUCCGACUUCAGCCAGGUCACGAUCUCGCGGUCCGUGAGUUCGAGCCGCGCGUCGGGCUCUGGGCUGAUGGCUCAGAGCCUGGAGCCCGUUUCCGAUUCUGUGUCUCCCUCUCUCUCUGCCCCUCCCCCGUUCAUGCUCUGUCUCUCUCUGUCCCAAAAAUAAAUAAACGUUGAAAAAAAAAAUUAAAAAAAAAAA